AGCUGAGCGGAAGAGCCGCUGCUGUCUCAGAGCCACCGCAGCGCCGCGGCAGCAGGAUGGGGACUCGGUGUUUACCGCUCUUCUUCCUCUCCACACUCUUCCUCUUCCACGCUGCGGCCGACAACGGCAGCGUUAAGAAGCUCAGAAUGCAAUACACGACCGGACCUCUACUCAAAUUCCAGAUAUGCAUAUCCUGAGGAUAUAAGCGGGUGUUUGAGGAGUACGCUCGGGUUCUGAACCAGAGGUACCCAGACAUCCGCAUAGAAGGGGAGAACUACUUGCCCCAGCCUAUAUACAGACACAUUGCUUCCUUUCUGUCCAUGUUUAAGCUCGCUAUAAUCGGCCUCAUCAUUGUGGGAAAGGACCCGUUUGCACUUUUUGGUGUGGAAGCCCCUGGAAUCUGGGCUUGGGGUCAGGAGAAUAAGGUAUAUGCUUGUAUGAUGGUGUUUUUCCUGAGUAACAUGAUGGAAAACCAGUGCAUGUCUACCGGCGCCUUCGAGAUAUCACUGAAUGAUGUGCCUGUUUGGUCCAAGCUAGAGUCCGGCCACCUUCCCUCCAUGCAGCAGCUGGUUCAGAUCCUAGAGAACGAGAUGAAGCUGAAUGCGCAUAUGGACACUCUGCCCCUCCAGCGCUCUUAAGUCAAGAUGGUUGGGCAGUCAGAGUUAUGCCCUUUCCUGUAUACGACGGGAGUUCCCGGUCAGUAAGGUGGCUCUAAUGAAGGUCUGCACUGAAGGCAGUGCGUCUGCUAGUGUAGACUGGAUGUCCUCGUCCGUUUUACUGCUACUUGUGGGAUUCCUGACGUGCACAGUGGGUUAACCGCCUCUGGCUUAGCAAUGGUUUUAUCGUAACGGUGGGAAGUCUUAUUUGAAACGUGCUUGUGGACUCUAAACAAUAUGCAGUAGGCAAUAUCUUACUAAGUUUAGCUAUUCAUUGUUAAUCAGUAAGCAGUUUGAUUAAAGGUGCUGUCAGUCAGUGAGAGUGAGGGAUGUGCUUUUCAGUAAGUUUCCCAUCAUAUUAACUGUAUUUCUGUAAGACGUUU